CGUCAUUCAACGUCGCUUGAGCUUCAACUCGGAAAACGGGCCGUCCCCCGGAUACACACCGACGUACGGCAUCCGAAGCCCGGAAUCCGCACCGGCAAUGCCCUGGGACGACAAAAGCAUACCGGGAAACCUCCUGAUUAGCCAUGGCGCUUGACCCUGGUCGCCGUUCAGCCUCGCCUGACAGCUCUGGCCGCGACUCGCCCGUGCCCCGACAGUGGAGGAACCAGCUGGGGAGCGAGGAUGUGCCACCAAAGGACAAGCAUUACCGCAAAUACGCUAGCGGCGUUGAGAGAGCCCUGGCGCUGUUCGACACCGCGCUACAAGAAUGGGCGGACUACAUAUCCUUCUUGAACCGCCUCCUCAAGGCCCUCCAAGCUCGACCGUCGUCCAUCUCUGUUAUUCCCGCCAAGGCAACCGUCGCAAAGCGAUUGUCACAAUGUCUGAACCCCUCGCUCCCUUCCGGCGUCCACCAGAAGACCCUCGAGGUCUAUAGCUACAUCUUCUCCGUCAUCGGGAAAGAUGGCCUGUCGCGGGACCUGCCUCUCUACUUCCCGGGCCUUGCCUCCGUCUUGUCGUUCGCUUCGCUCACUGUGCGCGCCCCCUUCCUCGAUCUCAUCGAGCGCUACUUCCUCGACCUCGAUCCGCGGUCAUUGCGACCGGCCAUGAAAUCUGUCGUGCUUGCACUGUUGCCGGGGCUUGAGGAGGAAACCAGCGAGGAUUUCGAUCGCACGCUCAAGCUGAUCGAGCGCUUCAAGGCCACCAUUCGUCCUCCCGGAAGCGAUGAGAUCACCGAGGCGCACUCCACCGGCGACGACUUCUUCUGGCAGUGCUUCUUCCUAGCUUCCAUUACUGGGCACAGCCGGAGAACAGGCGCACUGGCCUACCUCUUGCGUUCGCUCCCACGCCUGGGUCAUGCCCUGCAGCCAGAGUCGGCUAGCGCAUCCGAUACAGAGACCUCUUCGAAGCUGUCCCAGCUGGUCACAACGCCAGAGCCUGGCUUGCUCAUCCGUUGCUUUGCUGCCGGGCUUGCUGAUGAUCAGCUUCUCAUCCAGCGUGGCUAUCUGGAUCUCCUCGUCACCCACCUUCCGUUGCACUCUGAGGUACUGCAGAGUAAAGCAAAGGCCGGCGACUUGGAGCUUCUUCUGAGGGCAGCCGUUGGGGUGACUGUGCGACGAGACAUGAGCCUCAACAGGCGACUGUGGUCCUGGCUGCUCGGGCCUGAGCCGCCAGCGUCCGCUGAACACGAUGGCGCGCCGGACUCCCCAACUCCAGCCUCCUCGACUCACGCCCAUGGUUACUUCUCCUCAAGGACGAUUUAUUUUGAGGAGUUCGGCUUGCAACCUCUGACGCGUGCACUCCUCGCCAUGAUCAAGUCCGAUGGAGAUGCCAACCCUGCGGAGCGAGCGCGACCCUACCGCAUGUGCCUGUCCUUGAUGGACAGAUGGGAGAUUGGUGGCCUUGUCGUGCCCGAGCUCUUCCUCCCCAUCGUGGACAGCGUGAGGGAAUUCAAGACGAAGGCGGCCAGCAAAGCCGAGUUCACGGAGGUUCUUCGGAGCGCCAGCGUCUUCUUCGAUGGCGUCGAGAGUGGCUUGAUCUACGGCGAAAUACUCGCCCUCAUGGCGCAGGCUAUCGGUCCUGGCGGCCUUUCCGCUGCCGAGCGCAGAGCAAAGCUCGAUUUGGUUAGGUUCAUUCUAACAAACUUCAACGUCAGGGAAGAGGAGAUGAUCACUAUCCACGCCCCCCUUACCGUUCUCUCCAUCCUGUGCAUGAUGGAGCAGGCAAGGGGCCAGAUCAAGCUCGGAGAUGCACCGCCCUGGCUGGAUUCCCAUUUAUCAGAGACGGUCCUGAGCAUCGGCGCAAGCUUGCUCGAGCUGGUCCCUGAGCGGGCCUUUCUAUCAGACACGGCGAGCAAAUCUGCUCCUCCGGUCGAAUCAAGAGACCUCGCGGACUCACCAAGCACCGAGCUGCUGGAGAGGAUCAAGGCCUUCUACGUUAGCGACCAAGGCAGCUUGGACGCAGCGUCACCUCCUUUAUCCCCACAGAACCUGGCUGGGCUUCUGCUACGGAAGGCAUGCAGUCUCAACUGCUCGUCUCUGAUGCGAAGAGAGCCAGGACCCGAGGCGGCCGUGAAAAGCAAGAUCCUCAUUCUGCUAUUAUCCAAGGUUCCCGAGAGGUUACCAUUUGACCCGAAGCCACUCCUUGCCGCGCUUCAUGACUCCCUCUCUUCCGACACACCGAUACCGUUUAGCACCUACUCUUCAAUCCUCUCUCUCUCAUCACACCUGUACUCGGCGAACAGGAUCACAUCCCUUGAGCUCUCAGACCUUGUCGACCCGCUUGUGCGGCGUGCCUGGGCAUUCCUCUCGGCAUCCGAGCCGAAGUACCACGUAGAGACGGUCCGCAGCCUCUGGCUCCUCCAGAGCGCGCUUACCCCGUCAAACAGGGAUGUGGAGGCUGCCAUUUGCGCCCUGAUGCUCCAUGACGACACUACCGGCACCUUUGCCCAGCGCCCUGCCGAUGCUGGGCGCAGUUUCUGUGUUCUCUGGACGCAUACCCUGCAGGACAACCCUUCGGGGGCAGAGCGGAGGGGACCGAAGACCACUAACGGCGAGGUCAAGGCUCCGCUGCGUCUCGCGGGAAUGGACCAUUACGAAGUCAUGCUAACCCGGCCUGUGUUCCUGAUGCUGGAUGCACUCGCCGACGAAAGGACGCAGCUGUUCAUGACGGUCAAGACUUGGCUCAACAGUCUCGUCGGAAUCGACAAGCUGUUCGGCAUCUUCAUCACAAAAUUCACCGAGCUACCAUUCCUUAUGCGGGGACAAGAGGUCACGUCAAGCUCCGGAGACCAUGGCGAGAAUGAUGACCUCGAUCUGGCCCUGUACUAUGUCCGCUCCCUUUCCAGCGUCCUGCGUUGGGUGCCCGAACCAGCCUGGGGGGUUCUCGCGAAGAGGUCUGUCCGAUCGGAUGCUUGCUAUCCGCCGCUGUCAGAAAUCACUGGGACGGAUGCCGACAUCACGCUCCAGGAAUUCUUCGUCCAUGUCUGCUUGCAAUGCAUAGCGUAUGGGAAGUUCUCGGGGGAAAGAUGUUCCAGAUUUCACCGCGCAGCCUUGACUCUCCUCCACCAAAUCCUCCUGAACCCAUUCGCCGAGCAGCUGGCAAAACUGCAUCUUGAGAAUAACUUGAUCGACAAACUCCAGCAGUCCCUCCACGGUCCCGAUCCCUACGUCCAGGUCCUCCUCCUGGAUGUCGUCUAUGCCUCCCUCAAACUCCGCGAGCUGGUCCCCGUGGAACGGCCUACUUCGCCCAGUCGCGAGAAGCGUAUAGGGAAUCUUGAAGCGGCAAGGAGCUCCCGUGUGUCGCUAACAGGCGAGAGGCACAUGGUUAUGCAGCCGCCUCCUCCGACAUUGCUCAAGUGCAUCCUCGCUGGGCUCAGCUCGCCUAGCAGCCGGCCUGUGCUGGACAGCUGGAUCAGCUUCCUCUCCGAAUGCUUGCCGCUAUACGCAGAAUCCGUCUUCCAGGUCUUGAUCCCGCUCGUCGAGACGUUCUGCGGCCAAAUCGACGCAACCUUCACCGCCCUCCGCCGCUUGUUCCGUACUACCGACCAGAAUCUGUCUUCGCACGGUGCAGGCGGGCCCGAAACCACGCUGAUCUCUCUCCUGAACGGUCUGGAGCAGGUACUGGCCAACGGGCACGACAGGCUACUGGCUGAAGAGGCCAGAGCCCAGGUUGUCAAGAGCCCCGACCAACCGCAAGGCUUCUUCGGCAACAUGGUGUCGGGCGUGUUCUCGUCUGACGCCCCCCAGACCCGCAGCGCCACGGCCAACGACAGGCUCACCGUCCUGCUGGCUUUCCAGGAUGCCGUGCGCAUCUGCUUCACCAUCUGGUCGUGGGGUCAAGGAAGCGACGCGGCAGGGCAGGACGCCACGUCGGGCGCAUCGCUCAACUACACGUCCCUGCGCAUGAGGAACCGGGCGAGGAGAUUGCUGGAGCAUCUUUUCGCCGCCGAGACGCUCGAGUGCCUGGAGACGGCGAUUGGGAUAUGGCGCGCUGCACUCGAUAGUGCGGACCAGUCCAAGGCCGCCGAGGUGUUCCAUCUGCUCCCUGCGCUGGACGGGUCGCGGCCGAAGCAUACUAUUCCGGCGCUGUUCAACGCCAUCUAUAGCCGGACGAAUCCCGGAGCGCUUGACCCGUCGCGGAGGUCGACGCUUACCAUCGAGCUGCAGGAUACGGACCUGGUGAUCUUCCUGGUAGACUACACACGGUCGCUGGAGGAUGAUACCAUGGACGAGAUCUGGCAGGACUGCACGGCUUUCCUGAAGGACCUGCUUGGUAACCCAUUCCCACAUCGCCAGACGCUGCCGAGCUUGCUCGAGUUCGCAGCGAUUCUGGGCGAGAAAGUGGACAAUACCAACUUCGGGGAGCAGCGGAAGAUGCGCCGAGAACUGGCGGACUUGUUCUUGCGCCUGCUCACGGCGAUCUUCACCACUCGUCCAACCAGCUUCGAUAUCUCAGCAUCGUCCAACAUUUCCGAGAAGCGGCCCAGUGAGCAGCCUCGGCAAUCCUCCGUCAGACUACCCAGUGAGCGAGCCGACGACAUUGUUGGCAUCUUAUCCACCAUCGUGCCCAAUCUACCAAAGAUCCUGGUUGAAAACGACCGCAUUCUCACGGCCGCCACGGCCAUCUCGACAAACGUCAUUGGUCCAGCCCUCCGGUCCAAGUCAUUCCCUGACACCGUCUCCAAGACCAUGCUCGUCCUCCUCCAAGAUCUGGCCCGACUGCCCAACAACCAAAAGUCCUGGAAGAAGGACAUCUCCGACGCCUUCAACGACUCCCGCUUCUUCGGCGCCAGCCUCGCGCUGGUCCACUCCGGCUGGCUGCCCCUCCUCAAGCAAUGGACAGUGGCCGACAAGGAGCGCAUGCCCGAGCUCGUCUCCCGGCUCACGCCGCCCGCAACGGCAGGCAUCGUCUUCGGCGUCGGCGCCACCUCGGCGCGCCUCGAAGCAGACCGCAAAACCCAGCUCAACCUCCGCCGCAUGGCCACGCUGAUCCUGGCCUGCGGGGCGGACGCCUUUGUGGCCGACCUCCCCGCCAUAGUCGAAAAGACCACGGAGCUGCUCACAGCGACAGCCACCUCCUCGCCCUCGUCCACCACCCGCGCCGAGGUCUACAUGCUCCUGCGGGCGCUGGUCCUGCGCACCAGUCCCGUGCACCUGGCGCCGCUCUGGCCCGUGGUCAAUGCCGAACUACACACGGCCAUCGCGUCGAUCGUCGCGCCCGACCACUCGCCGCCCGCCGACACGUACGGCAACGCAUCCGUCCUGCAGGCGUGCAAGCUGCUCGACCUGCUGGUAUGUGUCGCGCCCGACGAGUUCCAGCUGCACGAGUGGCUGUUUGUCACGGAUACUAUUGAUGCCGUGUACCGGGGCCAGUCCCUUGUGGGUGAUGGCGGGUACCAGCCCGUCGCAUUGGUCGACGAGGUCUGUGAGGAGUUGAAUGCCGCGUUGAACCAGCAAGGUUCGACGAAUGAAGUCGCUGUGGCGGUAGGAGCAGGAGGGCCGUCUACGUCGACGCAUAGACGGCCGCUUCUUGGCAUGCCCGGGGGGAUAAGUGAUGAUGUUUCGAUGGAAAGGAAGGAUGAGUUGGUCGCUAAGGUGCUCAGGCCGUUCUUUGCACAGCUGAGCAUCUAUGCUUUUGAGUCGACGUAUGCGAUGGCGCCCGUGGACUGGGAGGCAUGUGUGGCGGCGCUGGUGAGGGAUGUGUUUGAUGAGAGGAGUAUCGUCAGGGCGCUGUAGCGUUUUGCGGCGGUGCCUGCACAAUACCGUAGAUAAUAGAUGGAAAGGAAAUACCG